CAUCUGGUCCGUAAUGGCGUCUUUGCCAAGGCAAUUGAGUUAAAACCCAUGCCUAUGAAGCAGGUUCAGAAGCAAGCCAAGCCGGACGACUCAACCGUGCUUCUGGAUGUGAUGGGGAUGAUGUGCGGCGCGUGCGUAUCACGCGUAAAAUCGAUCCUCUCCGCCGACAACAUGUUGACUGAGACAGCCGCACUGAAGCUGAAAUCGGCCGCUGCUGCUGUUGCGGAGGAGGGAAGUGCUGCUGAGUAGCUAGCUAAGAGGCUGACAGAUUGUGGACAAGAGAGCGUCGGGGCUUGGGAUUGAAGAUAAGGUGAAGGAAUGGAAGGAAAUGGUGGCGAAGAAGGAGGCUUUGCUUGUGGAGAUUCGGAACCGGGUGGCGUUUGCAUGGACUCUCUCGGCAUUCAUGUUGGUCAUGACUUGCUUUUUGAUGGUUUACAAGCAUUCAUGAUGGGAUCACCAAAUAUGAACCCUCUACUUGGCUUUGGUUCACUUGCUGCAUUUGCUAUAAGAGCUGUGUCACUUCUUAACCCUGAACUUCAAUGGGAUGCUUCAUUUUUUGAUAAACCGGUCAUGCUUCUUGGCUUUGUUCUGUUUGGCCAUUCUCUGGAGGAAAGGGCCAGGCCGAAAGCUUCUAGUGACAUGAAUGAGCUUCUGGAUAGUCCCAAAAAAAUUGAGGCCACUUCAAUUGGGUCCAACUCGACAAUUUCCAAGAUAGUUAUCAUGGUUGAGGAUGCUCAAGGCUGUGAAGCACCGAUCCGGAUUGCAGAUUCAAUUGCCAGACCAUUUGUGUAUAGUUUAAUGACUUUAUCAGCUACAACAUUUGCUUUUUUGGUUGUGUCUUGCCCUUGUGCUUUAGGCCUUGCAACACCCACUGCAAUUCUAGUUGGCACUUCACUUGGUAAAUCAUCAACUUCACUUUGCUUUUUACUCACUGCAUUUGUUCCCAUGUUAAUAUAUAUGCCCAACAUUGAGGGCCCUAUCUCAAUCUUUUAUUGCUGGCUUCCUUGGAGGGACCUCAGCAAGAAGGUUAUGAAAUAG